GCGGGCGCAGGGCGCGCGGCACUCGGGAGCCGCCGGGACCGCCCUCCCCCCCCUCCCUGCCCAGGCGGGCGGGGACCGGGGCGGCGCGGGGCGGGCAGAGCCGCCUGGCCCCUCCCCUCUGCCGCCCUCCCCAAAGUUGCCGACUCCCCUGGGGCCGGACGGUCUUAUGAUCCGGCGGAUCCUCCUGGGGAGGCCGGGCCGGGGAGCGGGUUCGGGCGCCGAGCGGCGGGGCCGGCAGGCGGGCGCGGCGAGCCGGGCCAGGGCGGGGAACGGGGCGGCGAUCGAAGCGGCGGCUGCUGCGCCCCGGGCCCGCCGCACCUUCCCCUCCGGUCAGGGGAACCGCUGCAUGGGGCCGGAGGGGCGGCCCUGCUGCGCCGAGCGGCGGCGACGGCGGACCCCCCAGGCGGGCCGGGGCUGAGCCCGGGGCCGGGGUGGGGGCUCCGGGGGGACCAUGCCCCGAGGCCGGCCGGCCGCAGCAUGGCUCACGGGCCCGGCGCGCUGAUGCUCAAGUGCGUGGUGGUCGGCGACGGUGCGGUGGGCAAGACCUGCCUGCUCAUGAGCUAUGCCAACGACGCCUUCCCCGAGGAGUACGUGCCCACGGUCUUCGACCACUACGCAGUCAGCGUCACCGUGGGGGGCAAGCAGUACCUCUUGGGACUCUAUGACACAGCUGGACAGGAAGACUAUGAUCGUCUGAGGCCUUUAUCUUACCCCAUGACUGACGUCUUCCUCAUAUGCUUCUCUGUGGUAAAUCCAGCCUCAUUUCAAAAUGUAAAGGAAGAAUGGGUACCAGAGCUAAAGGAGUAUGCACCAAAUGUCCCCUUCCUGUUAAUAGGAACUCAGAUUGAUCUCCGAGAUGACCCCAAAACUUUAGCAAGACUGAAUGACAUGAAAGAAAAACCUGUCUGUGUGGAACAAGGACAGAAACUAGCAAAAGAGAUAGGUGCGUGCUGCUAUGUGGAGUGCUCAGCUUUAACCCAGAAGGGUUUGAAGACUGUGUUUGAUGAGGCUAUCAUAGCCAUUUUAACUCCAAAGAAACAUACAGUAAAAAAAAGAAUAGGAUCAAGAUGUAUAAACUGUUGUCUGAUUACAUGAGAAACAUCUUUAGUGGCCAAGGGAACUGUCCAUUUCUCCCAGAAAGCAUUUGAAAUGCUACAGUGAUGUACUGACCUCUGACAAUGAAGCAGUUUAACUUGAGCGGAGAGGGAACCUGUUCUCAGCAUUCUACAGAGUUCAUUGAGAAUGCUUCCUAAAGGUCUAAGCGGCAGUGAACAGCAUCUGAAGCCACAAUCUUCUAUAAAUACUUUAUUUCAACUAGAAGGUACAAUCUCUCAGGGGUUUCAUAGUUAAAAAGCUACAAUCACAUCAUGUUGAAAUGACAUUUAGAAAACAACAGUGCUGUAAAUGAACUGCCUGGCUUGGACCAUGUAACUUCUGCACAGCCCUUAUGGAAUCUGCACAGAAAUAACUUCUUUCCUUUCUCCUCUUAAUUGUUCUUGUAUGUAAGCUGCUUUCUAUUCCAGUAGAUCCAGAGUGGCGAGAUAACCAGGCCAGCCACAUAGCCAAAGGUCGCUCCAAGUGUACAGGAGAUGGGCCACACCUGAGGAAAGAAUUGAGACCUAAACCAACUGAUGCUUUAUUAUACUUGAGCACAAAUGAAGUGUAACACAAACAUUUCUAUAGUGAAGCUUAAUGUGCUUUCUUAAAGAAUGCCAAGUUUAAUAGAUUAUAACUGCGUUGAUCACGAACACUAAAAAGGUACAAAUUUUAGUUAAUGUGCAUUAAACAGUACAAGGCUUCCGGCAGCUGUAGAUUUAGUUUGAUGUUAUCCAAAUUGCAUGAAGUACAUGCUAAAGUAACAUUUUAAAAUUGGGUCAUAGUUUGCCAUAAUCCUGAACUCAGUUUAACUCUGAACUAGUUGGCCAUUUUUCUAAUUCCCACGUUGGCUGUGUACAUCAAAUGAACUAAGUGUAUAGGCUGACCAAACCUUAGAAACUUUCAGUUGUGUCAGCAGGAAGACCUGGAAUCUAAGCAUGUUAUGUGGAAUUGUGGGUGUCUGCUUCCAUAGUAAAAGUGAUAUCCACUUGGAGCUGCAGCUAGUAUAUCCACAGCAGAAGGCACAGACUAUAGCUUAUGUACACAUACAUCUAGAAUAUGAGGCAAGCAGGGCACUGCUGGCUCCUAAGACUGUUUCUCCAGCCAUGCUACAUUUCACUAAACCAGAAAUCAUAAUUUUUUUUUAAAUGCCAUAGACAGGGUAUGUAUGAAAAAUCUUGGAAACAAACUUUCAUGUUCCUUUGUAAAGCUUACUUGGUGUACUGCAGCCAUUUCUAACCCUUCUCUGGGACUAGGCCAUCAAAGUGUCCUGGAGGCAAACCAUCUUACUAAUUGGCUGGUACCUCAUUUGGCUUUCUUCUUCAGUCUGCUAUGGAUCUGCCUUAUUCUAAAUGCCAUGCAACAGACAGUAGUGUAGGCAAAGCUUCCAUGUGAACCACCUCAUGCAGUUGAGGGAAGCAUAAUCUAAUCCAUAUAUUGUUACCAGCCUUCCUUAGGUUCAAAUUUGCUGUUGCUUAAACUACGACCUCUUUGUCUUUAGCAAGCUUUUGUUAUCUUCUAUGGUUUGUGCUUUGUCUAUUGCACAAAUUGGGUAAUGGAACACUAAACAUUUAUACUUGAAAAUGACAGCCUUAAAUGUUCAUACCAGUCACAAAUCUAGAUGUACUGUCUUGCAUGUGAGCUUUGUAGGAGUUUUAAAUCUAAGCACCACACCCCCCACUUGGUAAUGGACAGUCUACUGGACAAGAGCGUUCUCUUGGAAGUGGAUGUAAUAUGUCUUCAGGCAGUGGUGGUUCACAUUAAGUAUAUCAUGGCCUUAUGUAUGCUCAAAUGGGACUUCUGUAAUUUUCCCAUUUAGUUUUGGUCUGUUUUUAGAUAGAAUUGAAAGAAUUGUACAGUCAGUUCACAUAUUAGCUAAGUUGUCAAACCUAUGAUAUGAAGGAAUCAAGACAGUAAAGUAUUAUUCAUUUGCAAGUUGCCUGUGGAGAUUUGAUGGUUUGGUUUUUUUCUUCAAAUCUACAUCUGUAAAACCCUUGACACUUGGUGUGUUAGCAAUGAGUUUAAGUCAAGGACUUUCCUGUUCCAAGAGAAACGGAUUAAGCAUCUGAACGUGCACUGGUGUCACCUCAGUCUCAUGUGUGACCAUCGGGACAACCUCGUGUCCCAGUCAUUCAUGAGCUCUUACCACUGUCUUCUGAUUGGCAGCAGGUGGACUCCGCCUUCUCCGGAUGGUAAGACCCAAGUAUGUAGACUGUUUGAACUCUAAGCAGCCGAUUACCUGAACCUGAGGUGCCUUAGGUACUCUGUUUACCUUGAUGGGGUUUGGAGUGUCCCAUUGCUUGUUAAGAACUCUUUGUGUUUGUUAUUUCUUUUUGCAAAAUCUUCUCUGCCACUUUAACCAGAAAACCAAAGAUUUGUUUUCUAUUCAUGAGCAGAUUAUAGAGACAUUGCCUUAUUUUCAGAUGCAUAUUUUCAUUAAUGGCUUAGGUUGCAGAAGAAAUUCAGAUUAAUCUCUGGAAUAACUCUUUCAAACUAGUGAAAUAUCCGGGAAAGAAAAUACUUUUCAAAAAUAUUUUAUUAACAUGAACUGUGUUAGUGAGCACACUGCUUCAAAUAAGGUCAUGUGUGAAAGAACAUACAAGAAGUUAUAACUGGUUAGUGUUUGUAUAGAAAAUUUGUUCUAAAGCUCUUUAAAUUUUUUAGGGGAAUCUUGAAAUCUAAUAGCACUUACUUUGCUAAUGUAUGCCCUUACUUUGUCCUUACAGGUACAUUGUAGCUUACCCGUGAUGAAUUAUCAUAUUUUCAAUACAUAGAGCUUGAGUUCAUGCUAUUUGUUAUGAAUUAUCUUAGUUGCUUUAGACACUGCUUCUGUUUGAUUUUUAAUUAUUGGUUUUAAAUACCAAAUUAAAUGCUGGUUUGUUGGUUGUUGUUUUUAAAUGAUUGUUACUUCAACAGCAUCCCCUCCUGAAUUAUGGAGGUCAUAAUAAAAUGAGAUGCAUAGUUUACUGUUUUAUGUAAA